AUGUCCUCGUCGACGUCCCAACCCACCGAGCACCCCUCGAGCUCAACAUAUACCCCAGCUUCCACGAUCCGCACCCCCGAGUUCGACAGCGACGACUCCCCCAUUGUGCAGACUCAGACGUCUCGCGAAACCGAGUCCCAGAGCGUCGAGCUGCGGAAACUGCACCACGUUCCUCCACCGGCGGAACACACCGACACAGAAGAUGAGUUCUCGGAAAGCGACAGCGAUCCGGGGGAGGGGGAUGAUGAUGAAGGAUAUGGGAAACGACGCCUGCGGAGGACCGCAACACACUCCAAAGACUUCACGGAUGAGGAAGAGACCGCUCUGGUGCGCAAGCUGGACCGCAGACUGGUCGUCUUCUUGGGCUUUCUCUACAUGCUGAGCUUCCUCGACCGCUCGAACAUUGGCAACGCUCGUAUCGCCGGGCUGGAACAAGACCUCGCUCUCUCGUCGGCGCAGUACGAUUGGCUCCUCACGGCUUUCUACAUCACCUAUAUCGGCUUUGAGUGGAUGAUCUUGCUGUACCGCAUCCUCCCUGCGCACAUAUACAUACCCCUGUGUGUCUUGUCGUGGGGUCUCGUGGCGAGUCUGCAAAGUCUGACUACAUCUUUCGGCCAACUGCUCAUCCUCCGUGGCAUCUUGGGCAUCACCGAGGCCGCGUUUGGACCCGGCGUGCCGUUCUACAUGACAUACUUCUACAAGCGCUCCGAGCUAGCCUAUAGAGUGGGCUUACAGAUCUCCGCUGCGCCGCUGGCGACGAGCUUCGCCGGCACCCUGGCCUGGGUGAUUGUCAAGCUGAGCCAGAAUGGGCCCAUCGCUCCCUGGAGAGCAUUGUUUUUGGUGGAAGGGUUUCCCUCCAUCGUCACAGCUGUGGCCGCAUGGUAUUGGAUUCCCGAUUCGCCGUCGAAGGCGCGGUAUCUGACUGCCCGGGAGAGAAAAGUUGCGGUUAUGAGACUGCGGGCGGAAGAAAACCAGAGUUCUCAAUCUCGCGAGUCCCCACACGCCUCAAGUGCAACAUCGUUAGCCCAACGGCUCAACGUCAAAGAAAUCCUGGCCACGAUCCUCGAUCCGAAAUCGUACCUGACGGCCCUCAUGUUCCUCAGCGUUAACGUCUCAUUCAGCUCGCUCCCCGUCUUCCUCCCCACCAUCAUAAACAGCAUGUCCUUCACCCCUUUAGCGUCCCAGGCCCUAGCAGCUCCACCCUACCUCUUCGCAUUCUUUUUCGUGCUCAUGGUGGGUCGGUACAGUGAUAAAGUCCCGGACUCGCGAUCUUUGUUUCUGAUGGGUGUGGCUCUACUCAGCGCCAUAUCAUACGCCGGGAUCGCCGUCGCGGGCUACUUACACGAGUCCCUGGGCGAGGCUGGGAGCAUCACGAUCCGCUACGUCGGCGUUUACGGGGCGGCGAUGGGCCUCUUCUCCUCGGUUACGCUCAUCAUCACGUGGACGCUGAACAACCAAGCCACUGCGACGGGCAAGGGCACCGGCUUGACCAUCCUGAACGUCAUAGGCCAGUGCGGUCCGCUGAUCGGGGUGCAUUUGUUUCCCCGCAGCCAGGGCCCUUUGUACGUCCAAGGCAUGGCCGUGUGUGCCGCGUUCAUGGCGGUCGGCGUCGCUGGCUUGGCUGGUGUGCUGAGACUGGUCCUGCAGCGUGAGAACCGGAGGAACGGAUUCGGGGAGAAGGAUCCCGGGCUGGGCGGCGAAUAUGAAAUGGUAAGUAAAGAGGACGAAGAUGGCGAGGGGGGAGCGGCAGGUGACGAGGACGCCCAAGAGACUUUGAUCGGCGGAGCGAGGAAGAUUGGAGCUGAGAGUUCGGGAUUCAGGUAUAUGUUGUGA